AGCACUCAGUAGCAGCUAAGACCGGAGGUUGUUUCCCGGGUCGUUCCCUGGUGACGCUGGAAGACGGGAGCAGCAGGGUGGUUCAGGACCUCCAGCCGGGCGACCGUGUCCUGUCCUCCUCGGGGGUUGAUGGGAGCGGAGGUGAGCUUGUCUACAGUGAGUUCCUGACCUUCCUGGACCACGAGCCUGCUGUCAGGAAACAGUUCUACGUGUUGGGAACAGAGACGGGAGUGAACCUGACCCUCACCGCGGCUCAUCUCGUGUUCGUGACCGAGGGUAACUGUUCAGUGGGGGAGUCGUCCAAAGGGGUUGUCACGCGGACUAUGUACGCCAGCGACGUACGGCCAGGGCAGUGUGUGCUGACCGCAGGUGGAGACAAGGGACCACAAGCCCACCUCUCCCCAGUCGCCUGGACCCACAUCCAGGUGGACACUGGGGCCUUCGCCCCCCUGACACGCCACGGCUCACUGGUGGUGGACGGUGUUUUAGCCUCGUGCUAUGCUGCUAUGGACCAGCACCACCUAGCGCACUGGGCUUUUGGUCCCCUCCGCCUGCUGUACAGCUGGACUGGGCUAGGGACUAUACAAGGAGACGGACUACACUGGUACUCACGGGUCCUAUAUUGGAUAGGAACGUUCCUACUGGACCCUGGACACUUCCACCCCUGGGGGUGGUCACAAAUGAUGUGGAGAGAUAGAGAGUGAGAACAGAGAGACAGGGUAGAGAACAGAGAGGCAGGGAAGAGAACAGAGAGACGGUAGAGAACAGAGAGACAGGGUAGAGAAACAGAGAGACAAGGUAGAGAACAGAGAGAACAGAGAGACAAGGUAGAGAACAGAGAGACAGGGUAGAGAACAGAGAGACAAGGUAGAGAAUAGAGAGAACAGAGAGACAAGGUAGAGAACAGAGAGACAGGGUAGAGAACAGAGAGACAGGGUAGAGAACAGAGAGACAGGGUAGAGAACAGAGAGACAGGGUAGAGAACAGAGAGACAGGGUAGAGAACAGAGAGACAGGGUAGAGAACAGAGAGACAGGGUAGAGAACAGAGAGACGGUAGAGAACAGAGAGACAGGGUAGAGAACAGAGAGACAGGGUAGAGAACAGAGAGACAGGGUAGAGAACAGAGAGUCAGGGUAGAGAACAGAG